UGCGAGUGGCAGGCCGACUGUGGAGUCUGCUCCGGAAGCGCGCUCUGCCCGGCUUCCUCAGUCUCCUCGCCGGGAGCGUCCGGGAGCAGCUCCCAGGCCGCGGCGAAACCAGGUGGAGUCAGAGGUUCGGAGGAGUAUCCGAGGCCGGAUUCCCGUUCUGGACCUUCGCCCUCGGAACACAGUGCUGUUGGCCAGGACUCCUUCCCGAGGUGGACGGCUCCCUGCUCUCAUUCCUGGCUCUGCCAGGACUGUAGAAGUGCGCAGUACACUUUAGGGCAUGCAUGGCACUCCGUGGGAGACAGUGCUUUAGGGCUAGAGGAAAGAUCUCCCCUGAAGGCAAACGCCCGCGGAGCCCACAAGUCCGGGCCGCACUGAACAAGUCAGGAUGUUGCCAUCGGCAAUUCUGCAGAAGGCAGGAACCCAUCAGAGAGGGAGCCUCUGUCAUAAGGGAGCAGGGAUUGGAUCAAGUCACUGCAUCUGGAGUACGGGGGAAACGAAGAAAUCAUGGAGAGAGUUUGCCCCAGGAGAGAGGCGAGCGUUAUGUAACCUAGGAUCUGGGGGCCCUUCUAGCCCAAUCCAGAGCUGUGCCAUGGCAGAGACAAGAGAAGAGGAGACAGUGUCAGCAGAAGCCUCAGGGUUCUCAGACUUGAGUGACUCAGAGUUCCUGGAGUUUCUGGAACUAGAAGAUGCCCGAGAGUCAAAGGCUUUAGUUAACACGCCUGGCCCAUCUUCUGAAUCCCUUGGGAAGGAUGACAAACCCAUAAGCUUACAAAACUGGAAAAGAGGAUUGGAUAUCUUAUCACCCAUGGAGAGAUUCCACCUUAAAUAUUUAUAUGUCACUGACCUGGCUACUCAGAACUGGUGUGAACUGCAAACAGCAUAUGGGAAGGAGCUUCCUGGUUUCUUGGCACCUGAGAAGGCAGCUGUGUUGGACACUGGUGCCAGCAUACACCUAGCUAGAGAACUAGAACUUCAUGAUAUUGUGACUGUCCCAGUCACCACUAAAGAAGAUGCUUGGGCAAUUAAGUUUCUGAACAUACUUUUGCUGAUUCCUACCCUGCAGUCAGAAGGGCACAUCAGAGAGUUUCCAGUAUUUGGGGAAGUGGAGGGUGUACUUCUUGUUGGAGUGAUUGAUGAGCUGCACUAUACAGCCAAGGGGGAACUGGAGCUGGCGGAACUCAAGACACGCAGGCGCCCUAUGCUCCCUCUGGAAGCUCAGAAGAAGAAAGACUGUUUCCAAGUCAGCCUAUACAAAUAUAUCUUUGAUGCCAUGGUACAAGGAAAAGUGACCCCUGCUAGCCUAAUCCACCACACAAAGUUGUGUCCAGAAAAGCCACUGGGGCCAUCAGUGCUGAGGCAUGCCCAGCAGGGAGGCUUCUCUGUGAAGUCUUUGGGUGACCUCAUGGAACUGGUCUUCUUGUCUCUAACACUGUCAGACCUCCCAGUUAUUGAUAUCUUGAAGAUUGAGUAUAUCCACCAAGAGACUGCCACUGUGCUGGGUACUGAGAUUGUAGCCUUUGAAGAGAAGGAGGUGAGAGCCAAGGUGCAGCAUUAUAUAGCCUACUGGAUGGGCCACCGAGAGCCCCAGGGAGUUGACGUGGAGGAGGCUUGGAAGUGCCGGACAUGUACCUAUGCAGACAUUUGUGAGUGGAGAAAGGGCAGUGGAGUGCUUAGCUCUACACUGGCGCCACAAGUCAAAAAAGCCAAAUGAAUAGAAGGUAUGCUUUCAAGAAUGUUCAUCCUUCCUGCUCCUGCUGUACCUAAGCAAAAGAGGACCAGUCUCUGAGCGUGGCUUUUAUGGAGAGUGUUCUUAUUUUGGUUCUUUUUUUUAUUUCCACAACCUCUAACCACAUUCAGUCCAGGACCAAGGCUCAGGGAUGAGUGGGAGAGAUGGGUUAUACUGUCCCUGGAGCUUCAUCAUGAUUGCCUGAGAAGACAGAUGCUCAUCAUGGCUGGAAUGAAGGUAUCCUUCAGUAAACUUUGCUUUCCUAAGAAAAUUCUUCAGUUUCUGAUAAGUCAUCCCUAUUUUUAUCUUAAUCAAGGCUUUCUACAGUUACAUAAUAAAAUGAAAUGCUGUCCAGGACA